AUGCAGUCGCAGCACGAUACAUCGGAAGCGGGACUGAAGCUGGUCAACCGCCUGCAACAGAGCAGAUCGCCUUAUGUGCGGGCGCAUAUGAACAAUCCCGUCGCAUGGCAGCUCUGGGAUGCAGAGGCCAUUGAGCUUGCUCAGAAGCAUAAUCGGAUGAUAUUUCUCAGCAUUGGGUACUCGGCAUGCCACUGGUGCCAUGUGAUGGAGAAAGAGUCGUUCAUGUCCCCCGAGGUCGCGGCAAUUCUCAACGAGUCCUUCAUUCCCAUCAAGGUCGAUCGCGAGGAGCGUCCGGAUAUUGACGACAUUUACAUGAACUACGUCCAAGCGACUACCGGCUCUGGCGGUUGGCCCUUGAACGUCUUCCUUACCCCGGAGCUCGAGCCUGUCUUUGGAGGAACAUACUGGCCAGGUCCGAAUUCAAGCACAUCGCAAGGUCCGGGUACGACUGGUUUUGUGGAGAUUUUGGAAAAAUUGAGCAAUGUCUGGCAGACACAGCAACAACGCUGCUUGGAGAGCGCUAAAGAUAUUACGAAACAGUUGAGGGAGUUUGCUGAAGAAGGCACACAUUCCCAGCCUACUGGCCGUGAGGAUGAUGAGGAUCUGGAUAUCGAGCUUUUGGAAGAAGCGUAUCAGCAUUUCGUGUCGCGAUACGAUUCCAUCAACGGUGGUUUUGGUCGAGCGCCCAAAUUCCCCACUCCUUCCAAUCUCGGCUUCUUGCUGCGACUGGGCGCAUACCCGAAGCAGAUCCGAGAUGUCGUCGGGCGAGAAGAAUGCGAGAAAGCGACCGCUAUGGCCGUUACGACAUUGGUGAACAUGGCUCGAGGCGGUAUUCGGGAUCAUAUUGGCCAUGGAUUUUCUCGAUAUAGUGUUACCACUGACUGGAAUCUGCCGCAUUUUGAGAAGAUGUUAUAUGACCAAGCGCAGCUGUUGGACGUAUAUGUUGAUGCGUUCCGGCUGACACAUGAUCCUGAGCUGCUGGGCGCCGUGUAUGAUUUGUCUGCCUACUUGACAACCACCCCGCUGCAAUCACCGACUGGAGGAUUCCACUCUUCGGAGGAUGCCGACAGCUACCCCAGUCCUAAUGACACAGAGAAGCGAGAAGGUGCUUUCUAUGUGUGGACGCUCAAGGAGCUCACCCAGGUUCUAGGCCCUCGUGACGCUCCGGUGUGCGCUCGUCACUGGGGUGUGCUGCCAGACGGGAACGUCGCUGCCGAGCAUGAUCCUCAUGACGAGUUCAUGAAUCAAAAUGUCCUGUCUAUCAAAGCCACGCCGAGCAAGCUCGCCAAGGAAUUUGGAUUAAGUGAGGAAGAGGUGGUCAGGAUCAUUAAGGGCGGCAAGCAAAAGCUCCGUGACCACCGUGAGAAAACAAGGGGUCGACCUGACCUUGACGAUAAGAUCAUUGUCGCGUGGAAUGGACUGGCGAUCGGUGCCCUGGCCAAGUGUAGUGUUUUGUUUGGGGAGAUUGAGAGUUCCAAAGCCGUGCAGUGUCGCGAGGCUGCCUCGCGUGCUAUCAGCUUUAUCAAGGAGCAUUUAUUUGACAAGGCCACCGGAAAAUUGUGGCGCAUCUGGCGAGAUGGUAGCCGCGGCGAUACUCCAGGCUUUGCCGAUGAUUAUGCAUAUCUGACUAGCGGUCUCCUCGAUAUGUACGAGGCGACCUUUGACGACAGCUAUCUUCAGUUUGCGGAGCGUCUUCAAAAAUACCUCAAUGAGUACUUCCUGUCCAAGACGGACGUAACGUCGUCUGGAUACUAUAAUACCUCGUCCGAGACGACUCCGGGCAUGCCGGGUCCUCUGUUCCGAUUGAAGACUGGUACUGAAUCUGCGACACCAUCCGUCAAUGCCGUCAUUGCUCGCAACUUGCUGCGCCUGGCUGCUCUAGUUAAUGAGGAUACCUACCGCACCCUGGCACAACAGACGUGCAACUCCUUUGCAGUCGAAAUCAUGCAGCAUCCGUUCCUUUUCGUCGGAUUGCUUGAUGUUAUCGUGGGACUGCAGAUUGGCACUCGUACCGUGACCGGUGUAUUCAGCACCGCUGAAGUCACUCAAGCAUCUGCCAGUCGUGAUGACAGCCUUCUCAGUCGAAUGGACGAGCCUUUGGCUGCGCGUGACCUCAUCGUGCAGAGAGUUCGGGCGGAGGCCGGUGCCGGCCUGUGCCCAACUCUUGCGGUCGCAUCGCUGGUAGAUAUCCGACCCUCACACUUGAAGGACUUUGUUGGUAAUCAGUCCUUCUGGUUGAAUUCUCGAAACUCCCUUUUCAAGGAGUUAAAGGCUGGCGAUCCGGCCAAAAAUCAUUUGUUAGUGUGCGAGGCAGGCCGAUGUAGAAUCGUGGAUCUUUAG